CCAAAAUUAAACUAAAAAAAAAAAAAAACACACAAGUGGCCGUGAUAUGAACCGCCUGCUGUAUUUCCAGUUUUGCCUGGCUCGAAAGCAAUUUACCUCGCAAUAUAUUAUCAGGCUUUGAUAGUGCCACGCCUCUUUGGUAUCUUUGCCACACACUCCAUGAGUCACAUACCCGCAAGCUGUAUAUGCAUUUUUAUUUUCAUAUCUGCAUUUUCGAAGUCAUCAUUAUUACGCUCUUUGGGAAAUCAAAACGCAUCUGUUCAAACACAAGGUUUUCUUCAUCUGUCAUAUUCUAGUGAAAAGAUUUUAUCAAUUAAAGGCAACACAACACAUCUUUAUUUGCACAAAUUAGAGAAAUACAUACACAGAGGAAAUAAAAUGCACGAAAGAAACUUGAAAAUCAAUAUUAUCAAAAAAGUAUUUCUUUUUGUGUAGUGGAUUUCAAAGAUUGAAGGUACAAAACUGGAACCACGUUUGCCGAACUCAGUCACGGUUCGAAAAUCAAGUCAAAAUGUCGCCGUCGGUCAACCAAAUCUUGAAGAUAGUAUUUUAGCAAAGAAAGGAUCAUUUCAUACAUAUACACACUUACCAAGUUGACAAUAAACGCAUGCAUUUUAUUGAAAUACGAUGAUAAAUUUUCCAAAUUUGCCGGCGAUAUUCGUUACCACAGAGAUCCGUGUCUCUGGCACAUUGUCCUAUUUCGAGUUGAAUACCAGAUACGUCUCUUUCAAGGGAUUAUCUGAGCGCGCCCACCUCUUUUCUUGGGUACUUUAUCUUGGUAAAAAGGAGCAGUUAAAGCAAUGGCCAGACAUCUUCCACAAGAGAGGUGGAGUUGUGAGAACCUCACAAACACUGUAAAAUCGGCUACCACGGGUUCACACUUGAUCUUGCUUUUGUUUACAGCUCCUGGCACUUGCGACUUUGAGUCUGGUUUGUGUGGAUAUGUCCACGAUCAGAACUCUGACUUUGAAUGGACCAACAACACAGGGCCUACCUACAGUUCAUAUACUGGACCAAAAGGCGACCACACCACUGGAUCAGCAGGAUCGUAUAUGUACAUCGAGACAUCGUCCCCGCGUCUAAACCAAGAGGCAGCCCACUUGAUCAGUCCUCAGAUCUCGAGGGCCGUUGGAAACUGCCUUAGUUUCUACUUCCAUAUGCACGGCCUCAACAUCCGGGAGCUAGCUGUAUACGUACAGACCCUGAGUAGUUCGAGACGUCUUCUUUGGCGUUUAAACGGGGAACAAGGAGAUGCCUGGAAGUUUGCUUCAGUACCGCUACGUGGGGGAUCACUGGUACAUUUUGAGUGGGUACUGACCGCUGCACACUGUGUAGUGGAUAUUAGGAAAGAAGAUUACGUCACUCACAGGGUCAGGAUGGGUGGACAUUACAAAAACACCUCACACCUAAUUGGUUCAGAACAAGACUUUGAUAUUAGGAGGAUCUACUUCCAUCACGAAUACAACAGUGCGACACGUUACAACAACGACAUUGCACUCAUCCAUCUCGACCGUCCCGCAGUACUUCAGGAUGGCGUAGCGCUUGUGUGCCUACCUGACGACCAGAUAGGGUUUCCCCCCGGAUCUGAUUGCUGGAUAACCGGCUGGGGUACACUAAAACCGGGAGGUGAAUCACCUGAUGAACUACAACAGGCAAUGGUUCCUCUGGUAUCGAACCAGGAAUGCACCAAGAAUGGCUCCUAUGAAGCGAGCAAAAUUACGCACGAGAUGUUGUGUGCGGGGUUUCCACAGGGCGGUAAGGAUGCUUGCCAGGGGGACUCCGGUGGGCCCUUGGUGUGUGAAGACAAUGGCAAAUGGUACCUUAUGGGUGACACCAGCUGGGGCUACAGCUGCGCCGAGCCAAAUUAUUAUGGGGUGUACGCACGAGUGGCAGUUCUUAAGGACUGGGUCUUCCAUGUGAUGGCCUAUCCCGACAUUUAGCCUAAGUAACCUUAACUCUUGUCGUGCUCCAAGUAAGGAAAAACCCUAAACCCAGACGAUUACUUAAAUCACGUGAUGUCCUUCGUACAUCACUCAAGGUACUUAGUAAUUGUUGGAUAGUCAUAGGAAAUGUUGGAACCAUAAAGCGAAAAUAAAACUUCUGGAGUGCAUAUACACGUGUAGUUUCUUUACUCCCCUUUUAGAG